AUGACGUCAGAGGGCCAAGCGCACAACAAAACCCCACAAAUAUUUAGAGCGACAUUGAAAAUCCAUAAUAAUUCCCCAAAAUUGUAUCAAAUAUGGCGACGCUGGCAACCCCGUCAGGUAGUGCCUCUGGGUGCCACCCUCUUCCCGACUCACACUUGUUGUUUCAGUGUGUAUUCUGUGGUGCGAGGGGUCAGGUGUAUCGGAGGGUUCUCGGGACCUUGUGAUUCCAUUGUGACGGAUCUUCCUUUAUCCAUCCGCACAGUUCCAAACCGGAGAGUGACGGGUUUGGUGUGGACUAAGGAAUCGAAGGUGUUGUCUCUUGCACAGCCUUAUAAGAUUCUGUCGCUGCGAAGGCUAGGUCUCUGUGAAGAGAAAAGGUAUCGUUCCUCUUUGCCAUAGACACAAGAAAUGCCCGGAAGCCAAAGCUACGCACUGAUAGUACAUAUGAGAGCGGUGCAGACGGAACAUUAUCAGUGAACUGUGAAAGAAAUGCACACAGACCUCUAAUACAUC